AUGACGAUCUCCGGCAACGCCGUCGAUCCACCCAAACAAACCCUAAUCUUUUCUUACGGCACUCUUAAACGAGGAUUCGCUAACCACACCUUGAUGCAGGAUUUAAUCUCUAGUAACGACGCCGUUUUCAUCGGCAAUUACAUCACCGACCUCCACCUACCUCUCGUCCGUGGUCCCCAUGGCGUACCGUUCCUCCUCAACCUCCCUGGGACGGGUCGCCACCGUGUCCGUGGCGAGCUUUACUCUGUUUCGGAUGCUGGACUUCAACGCCUCGAUGUGCUUGAAGGCAUUACCCUUGGACAUUACGAGAGGCUUCCGAUUACUGUUUCUCCGGAAAUUCGUGAUGCUGGUAGCGGUGGCCGUCGAGUGGCGGUACGUGCUGAGGCGUAUUAUGCGCACCGGAGUUUUGCGGAGGAUAUGUGGCGGAGGAGCGGACAGGAGGGAUUUGAGUCGUUUAGUCAGGAAGUGGCUAAGGGUUACAUGAAAAUCCUGAAGAAGAGAGUGCUUAUUCCUGCUAUAUCUGUACUCCCUUUUCAACAAUUUCUUGAAGCAACUGAAGUUGCUAUGUGGUCUGAAUAAAUCUUCAUCCAGAUUGCAGUGUAAGAUAUUACAGAUUCA